AUGCCGCCUACCUCGAAAAUUGACUUCGAUCAAAUCCUUAAAGUUUUGUCAGAGAGAAAAUCUGAUAUAUUUGAUAAGGGAACAAAGUUGUUGAAAAGUCCUACUGAUACAUGCUGGAAGGAUAUAAUUAAUCAAUUAAAUUUCAAUAUUUCAUCCAAGUACUUGUAUUUAAUUGUUAAAGAAAAUAGACACAAUAUUUUGACAAAAUUAAAACCCACUCUCGAUGUAUACAAACAAACUUAUCGACAAGAUAGUAGUGAAGAAAUAAUUUCUGAAGAAUCCUCUAGACACAAUGAUGACUUAAACAAAGAAUCAAAAUUAAAUUUCAAAAUGGCACUACCUAAAGAUCAAUGGGAGUCAAUUUAUGAUUCUGUUAACUCUCGAGUUUAUAAAAGGUCAGAUGGGAAAAGCACGAAUCGUGAAUAUCAAACUCUGAAACCUUACGAAUGGUCUCCGGUGAUACAUAACUAUUUUUAUGCUUUGACUAAACUUCCAUGUUCCAUAAGUUAUAAGAAUGCCAAAGUGUGUCCAAAUGGUGAGAUUUUCCUUAAAAUAUAUGGAAAAUGCACUGUAUGCUUAAGUAACUUCCAAGGAGUACUCAUUGAUCAACCACUAUGUACUGAUAUUGUAACCAUAGAUUGUACUUAUGAAGGUGGUUUUAGACAUUGCAAAAGUUCUAAUAAAAGAAAAUUAAUUGGAAACAAACGGGAACAAUUAAAAAAAAAAUUAAUAAACGAAAAUCAAUCCGCUGCUUAUGUACAACGUGUCGAAGCAAUGGGUUUAAUGGAAUACGGAGAUAAAGAACCCAGUCACUUGCCAUCUACGAAUGCCCUUCGAAUUCUUAAGCAUAAGGCAUUGAAGGAUGAACAAAUUAAUUCUGACCCAGUUAUCGCACUGUCAAGGCUCUUCACCAUAUAA